CAGAUAUUCUAGAUCCUUCCUCCCUCUGCAGUAAACAGCUCCCGGAUAUUUUAUAUCCUUCCUCCCUCUGCAGUAAACAGCUCCUUGAUAUUCUAGAUCCCCCUCUGCAGUAAAUAGCUCCCGGAUAUGCAAACAUGAAUUCUAAUGGAUCCGUUCUCCGAAAAAAAACUACUGAUAAUAAGAAUACUAUCGAGUAUUACUUACGUCAAGGAGGGAAAUAUACACGGAGAGAAUAAAACCCAACCUUGUCAGUUCUCCGCUACCGUUCCUUCCCUCUCCUACUACCUGAGCAAUCUUGAAAGAUUCAAAACCUAACCUUAAUCUCAGUACUCUAGUAUGCUGGCGUCUUUAUUCUACCCAAGUAAUUUCUACCUGUAUCUGCUGGGACCCCAAGAACUUUUUUACACACCGACCCAAAUUCUCUCACAAGUAGGGGACAAUUCUCUACCUCCCCUCACCGUGAAGGGAGGCUUGGACAAUCUUGGGAAUGGUAAUAUUCUUAGUAGCCUGGACAAUCUUGGAAAUGGGAAUAUCCUUAGAAGCCUGGACAAUCUUGGGAAUAGAAACAUUUUGAAAAGAAGCUUGGUCAAUCUUUGGAAUAGAAAUAUCCCAAGAAACCUGGACAAUCUUUGGAAUGGAAAUAUUCUUAGAANAGAAGCUUGGACAAUCUUGGUAAUGGGAAUAUUUUGA